AGGCGCAGACGGUACUGCGACAGAGGGCUGAGUACACCCUAUCGGAUCCUGCGAGACCUCAAUUCCAGUAGCGAGAGGGGCAAACCGCGACGGGGAUGUCGGGAAACCGACUACUGAGGAGGACGCAGGUGUACACUGCACCGUGGCUAGGAGGCGCCGCGGGGAUGCGAGGCGCCGGGGGGGGACUGAGCGCGACGCUGGCGGGAAAGGUUGGCGUAGUGGCGGUCAAGGGCGGUGGUGUAAGGGCAUUGCGAGGAGGUAUGACCGUACCGACGACAUCGCAAACACCCACGCCGGCGCAAAAUAGCCGCGCGCUCCUCAGUGGAAAGGACACCGCAAGGAGGGACAAAGCCCUGAGGGAGGUUCUGCUGAGGGACCUCGGGGGGCGACGCGCCAGGGUGACCAGGGCGGCUGCAUGCCGGGGAAAGGAUGGAGAGGAUGAGUUGAAGGCGCUCAUCCAUAGGGAGAGUAGAGUCUUCCAAGUGGUGGUGGACAGCCUCGCCGAGGUCAAGGUCGUCGCUAUGGUCACCCUCUGGCGACAGCGGGGCACCAACGUCCUGCUCACCAUACUCGAGCGCGCUGAAGCGGGGCGAGAAGUGGCGGCUUUGCUGAGUGGAAUGACGGGGGCGACCGUGGAAAGGGGAACGCCGCUGGGAAGUAUCGUGAGAGGAGGAGGAGGAGUAACCAGUACUCUGGGGCUGGGAGGAGGAGGCGGGGUGAAAACGGGCCCGCAUCUGCUGAUGGUCCCUGGCGGCUUCGUAAGCCUGCGGGGCCGAUUAGUUGUGUUUGUUGUCGUUGCCGCCGGUAACACUGCGGACGUGAUUAUCGUUGUUGAAAGCGCUGAUGAAGAAGAUGCAUCCGCCAUCCUCUUCCCCAUCAUCGUCAGAUCUGCUUUCCCCUCUCCCUGUGAUGAUAUUGCUGGUCUUGGUGUUGUCACCGAUGCUGAUAUUGUUGUUGUUGUUGUUGUCAUCAUCGUUAAUGUUGUUGCUGCCGAUGUCGCUGAUGUCGAUGUUGUUGUUGCUGCUGAUGAUGGCGCUGCCACGAUGAGCCAUCGCCAGUUGGAGCAUGAGCCGAUUGAACAUUUUCAGGCGCCGAUCGCGGAUCACUUGCUGCGGCGUCUGUUUAAUGACGAUCGCCAACAGCGAUACGACAUCCAGCAGGUGAACGUACCAGGGCCUAGCAUUGCGGAUCUCGCCACAUAUUCGCUCUUGUGUGAGCAGGUGACAUAUGCGGGGGUGUUUGUGGACGUGACGCAACUGCCGGAUCGGGAGACAACGAGAGUGUUAAUUGAGUUCUGUAUGCAUCGAGUGGCGGCCAAUUUCGUGCACAGCGUCGCCACAUUCAUCGGUGACUUGACGCUCUUGGCGGAGCGGCAUCGGGAGCCGGUGCGGACUUUCCUACGGGAUUACGCGGUGCUGAGGCGCUCGUAUUUGUUGCGCCAACCCAUGGAAGGGCCAGGGCUGAUUGAAUACGCCAUACAGGGAGGAGUAUGUUUGGCGCGGCCGACGAGCGAGAUUAUGUACUUGCAAAACACCUACGUGCGGGCGCACACAGUGGCGUGUAGGAUGCCAGAAGGAACAGCAGGCUGGUCACGGAGGGCCAAGCGGGAAUGGGUUGGCCAUAUGGAGGAGGCAUGGAUGUUGGGAAGAGGCCAGUGGCGAGGUGAGAUUGAUACAGAGGGGGAGCUGACGGUCGCGUACUUAGCGCCGACGGUUSAGAUGAGGAACUGGCUCAUCGAACAAAGAAUGAGGGACGAAUUGCMUGUGGCAGAAGUGCAUGGCCAAGUGAUAUAUCAACCAUGGAAGCUGCCAGCGGAAAUGAACGCGGACAGAAUGCGUGAGCGCAAACGACGGMCAUGGGUGAAAGUCUUCAAACCCUCCCUACUGGCAGCGAAAUGGAUGAGAGGGGCUGUCGAGCACUUCUUUGGUCCRAUUKUUAGUGAACARCGGGUGGACGAUGAGYAAAGAGAGUACGURAAGUAUGUGYUGGAUGGCCCGAUGCGGAACCCGCUGAAGAGCAGCGUCGCGGUGGCUAUCGGCCCUUAUAGCUUCGAAGAGGUGAGAGUAGUAACGAGUGAGACACCCUUUUGCGAGGUGUGUUUCACACAUGGCCACAUGGGGCUCCAUGGAAGAUGCUUGACGCCGGCUGAGACACUGCAGGAGAUGCACGAAAGAGAGGUGGAGAACGCCCUCCUGAAGGAGGCCAGGAUUGCAGCGCAGGCGCGGAAGGAGGCCGCAAGCCAGGCCUGUCACGAAGAAAGGCGGAGGAAGCGGGCUAAGGGAAGAGGAAGAUACCGCCGGAAUGUAUUGUGGGAGGGGAGGGGAGACGACCCCAUGCAGACUGACGACCCGCACUGGCUUUUCGAAGAAGACCGGAAAAGGAAGGCGGAGCAGGGGCCGGAACACGAGAAAGGCUCCAAAACGGGCAGUUCACGACAAGAACAAGGGACAGAAGGGGACCAGAGAGAGAGGGACGCUGCGGCUUCGUCAGCCAAGUCCGGUAAGGAGGUCGGGGACGGCGGGCAGACACAGCCUUUAGAAGGGAUUCGGGGGGCCGCAGACGGGGGCGAGACUAGCCGGCCGAACGAAGGACAGGAGGGAACGAUUACUCAGGGAACACACGGGCAGCAGGGGAACCGAGCUACUUCGUCCGAGAAGAAUGCUGAUGGGGGAGACGGAGGGGGGAGGGUUGGGUUAUUCGAGGGCCAAGGGGGACAAAGCGAGCGAAGGAAAGAAGCGCAGGCGGACGAUAGGCAGGUAAGGCAGGAAGGACAAGGGCAGGGGCAGGUUGAAAGGCGAGGGAAAGAGGACAGCGUGGGGGAGCUGGGCGCACACGAUAGGCAGGUGAGGCAGGACGAACCAGGGCGGGGGCAGGCUGAAGGGCGAGGGGAACAGGACAGUGGGGGGGAGUCGGGUGCGCAGCAGCAACUGGGCAGGUCGACGUACGAAACAUCUACGCAGGUANCAGGAGCGGAAGAGGCAGUGGGAGUGGGAGUGGGAGCGGGAGAGGCAGCGGGAGCGGGGGAGGCAGUGGGAGUGGGGGAGGCAGCGGGAGCGGGAGAGGCAGCAGGAUCGGGAGCGGGAGAGGCAGCAGGAGCGUGAGCAGGGGAGGCAGCGGGAGCGGGAGAGGCAGCAGGAUCGGGAGUGGAAGAGGCAGCGGGAGCGUGAGCAGGGGAGGCAGCGGGGGUGGCAGCGGGAGCGGGCAGCGUAUGUGUGUAUGUGUGCAUAUGUGUGGCCGUGUGUGUGUGUGUGUGUGUGUGUGUAUGUGUGUGUGUGUGUGUGUGUGCGUAUGUGUGUAUGUGCGUAUGUGUGUGUGCGCGCGCGUGUUUGUGUGUCUGUGUGUGAAUGUGUUUGUUUGUGUGUGAGUGUGUGUGUGCCUGCACACACUUUUUUUCUCCUUCUUUUAUAUUCCAAAAUCAAUCAAUCAAUCAAUC